AUGCAAGUCACCAAUCUUCUUUUCUCCCUCUUGGUCGCCGGAGCUACGGCCAAGAAGUGCACUCGCAAGACCAGCAGCGUUUUUGCUACCACCUCGAGUGCUAUCGAGACCUCCACUGCUGUGCAGACUCCCUCCUCGGUGCAGACUCCCUCUUCUGUUCAGACUCCCUCUUCCAUUCAGACGCCAUCUUCUGUUCAGAUCCCCUCUUCUGUUCAGACUCCUACCUCCGUGCAGACCCCCACUGUCGUGAUUCCUACGACUAUCGUCGUUUCUACUACUUCGCAACCCUCUACCACUGCCGUGGAGACUCCAAGCACCACCUUGGCACCAUCCUCUACCUUCUCUACUUCGACCUGGGAAGACGGUACCCCCCAGAGCACUCUUUUGAGUCAAGUCUCGUCUGCGCCUUCAUCGGAAUCUUCACCCGCCACCGUCGUCAUCGUCGCUUCCGCGUCCGAGGCUGCUACUACCACUUCUGCCGCUGCUGCCACUACCACGACCUCGACCACCACCGCCGACACCAAGUCUUCCACUUCCAACGACAACCUCACUGACGACCAGACCAACGGCCUCAACGCCAUCAACGCCGCCCGUGCUGAUGUUGGCACCUCCGCUCUGACCUGGGAUGAGGAGCUUGUCGCUUCUGCCCAGCAAUGGGCUAACUACCUCACCACCCUUGGUAAGCUAGAGCACUCAGGUUCCGGCGAGAACCUAUUCUGGGCCAGCGGAAGUAGCACUCCUCUUGUUGAUGCCAUCAACUCGUGGAACAGCGAAAAGAGCAACUACAAGGGUGGUUCUGUCACCAAGGGCAAUGUUGCCUCCAUCGGCCACUACACCCAAAAUGUUUGGAAGUCAACUACCAAGUUCGGUAUCGCCAGCGCAACUGACUCUAAGGGCGGUGUCUACGUGGUCGCUCACUUCGACCCUGUCGGCAACUUCCUUGGACAAGCCCCUUACUAA